AUGUAUUACGGUCAUCCGCAGAGUGACCACGUACAGCAACUGGCGCGCCUCUUGGUCCUCGUCCAUUUCAUCUGUAUUUUUCGCACUGCACUAGCACAGUGUCCACCACUGCAGACGCCACCGUGUCGAUGUGCCCCAUCCGUUUAUGAGCCAAUUGCAAUCAUCUGCGAGAAUGCGUCCACGUUAUCCAGCGUUUUGUUAGCGAUAUCACAAGCACGGAGUGUUACCAUUGAUUCACUGCACAUAACAGAUACCGUGAUCCCAGUUUUACCACCUUACGCAUUUCAAGAGUUCACAAUUUUGCGCCUUGUCAUGAACAGAUGUAACCUGAAUCGGAUAGACGACAAUGCAUUUGCUGGGCCAAGCCUGGACAAGCUGGUGGUGCUCGACUUGUCGGAUAACCAGCUGGGCGCGGUACCUGAGACUGGUGUUCCACGCCUGACUAAUCUCAGGAAGCUCUAUCUGAAUCGCAAUCGAAUCACCCAGCUACAGCCAAAUUCAUUUGCGAAUUAUGAAUCUCGAAAUAUACUGCUGAAGCUAGAACUAGCCGGAAAUCGGCUUACUGAUCAAGGCCUCGGCAAUUCGCUGGUCUUUCGGCCUCUACGUUCCCUGCAGCAACUGAGCCUGGAAACCAACGCACUGAGCGUCAUCCCAUCUGCUUCUUUGGUCAACCAGCGGCACACCUUGACAAAUCUAAACCUUGGCUUGAAUCGAAUUAAUGAAGUCCCGGUUGGUGCGCUGGAUUUUCCAAACCUCAGCUCGUUGUCUCUGGAAUUCAAUGGUAUCUCCCAGAUUGUUCCCCAGGCCUUCCAAGGAAUUCCCAAUCUGCAGUAUUUGUAUCUCACUGGCAACAAAUUUCCUUCCUGGCAACCCGAAAUGUUCACUUUUGUUCCCCAGUUACUGACACUUGGUAUUGGCGAGACUCCAAUUUCAGUGAUUCCUUCGAAUGCCUUCCAGUACAUACCACAGCUGAUACGAUUGGAGAUGUCUGAAGCAGCGGUUGAUACAAUUGAACGAGGUGCUUUCCAGCGAACGCCAAAUAUUCAAGCUAUUGUGCUCAACAAGAAUCGUCUCUCCACGUAA